GGAGGGAGAAACACAUCAGGCUUUCGCUGGCAAGCAGCAGCCUGCAGUACGAGGCUGCUUAAGAGCUGGCCUUCCUUGGUGUGUGUGUGUGUGUGUGUUUUGGUUGUGCGCUCACAAAUCCUCUUCCUGGUGGAGAGGCUCCUCACCUCUCAUCACAACAAGGUUGGCAGUCUAGAUCCCAACAAUGUUCCGCAAAAAGAAGAAGAAGAGGCCAGAAAUUUCUGCACCAAAGAACUUCGAACACAGAGUCCAUACCUCUUAUGAUGCAAAGCUUGGGAUCUUUGUGGGCCUACCAACACAAUGGCAGAGUCUUAUAGAGAACCUGCGAAGACCCAAACCCAUGGUGGACCCCUCCAGAAUAACACCGGUGGAAUUAAAACCAAAGAAGACGAUUGUGCGUGGGACCUUUGUCGGCCAUGGAGACUACAUCUCAGCCAUGCUGUCGGAUAUGAGCCGUCUGUCAGUGACCAGCUCCAACUCGCUGCGCAAGAGCAGCCCUUCAACACGCAAGAGAGCCCAAUCUUUGGGCCGCCUUGGCGAGGUGAUGGAGGGUGAUGGCUACCAGUAUGAGGACCUGGAGCGCACUGAUCUUGACCCAGAUUCCCAGAACCACUGGAGAGACCAGCUACGAAACAUCCACAGUGAGAGCGGGACCCCAUUUAUGGGUAUGAAGAAGAGCAUUACCCUGGAACCCAAUGGCAUCUUGCCUAGAGCUAAAUCUACUUACGAGGUUAAUGUUAACUCACUGGAGGGACAUCCUCCUCCUCCGGUCCUACCCAUACCUCCACCACCGCCAAUCCCUGUGCCACCCAGGCCAGUGUAUGUGGGUGGAGAUAUUGGUAGCCCUAAUGAAAGACUGAUGAUGAGAAGGGAGUUUCCCAUAGUGCUGUCUCACAACCCAAGGCCCAUCACCUGCUUUUAUAGUCCAACUAUACCCAUGCAGCAGGGACAAGGAGAGAGUGGAGGGUUUAACACAGAUAUAAGGACUGCUGACAGGCUGCUGGUUCAUCCACAAAACAGCCCUGGGAGACCAUACUCUUCUUAUGACCUGAAGUUACAGGCAGAUACUCUCCUGAGACCUCAGCCAGGCUUCUUCCACAGCGGAGCUAGCAGCCCCCUGGUGAAUGCCACAAGGCCUCAAAGAACAGUGCGCUCAUCCUCCAGCUACACAAUUGGCCUCUCUCCCAACAUCAGUUUCCGGCCCUCAGGCCCUGAUCCCUUCCUGAGGCACUCAGGGUGCCCCAAUCCAGGCCUCUAUCCCAGACAGGACAGCCCAUCCCAGCCCCGGCCUUCACCUACUGGCUCUCUGGCCACCAGUCCAGCUGGAACUUGCUCUCCAGCCUUUAGGCCACAGCAACAUCCAUCCCCACGGCCUCCACCCGACCCACCCAAAGUCACCCAUGAGCAGUUCAAGGCAGCUCUACAGAUGGUGGUGGACAAGGGAGACCCACGCUCCUACCUGGAGAACUUUGUAAAGAUCGGCGAGGGCUCCACUGGGGUGGUCUGCAUUGCACGAGAAAAGCACAGUGGCCGUCUGGUGGCAGUAAAGAUGAUGGACUUGAGGAGGCAGCAGAGACGGGAGCUGCUGUUCAACGAGGUAGUGAUUAUGCGGGACUACCAGCACAGGAAUGUGGUGGAGAUGUUUAAGAGUGCACUGGUGGAAGAAGAGCUGUGGGUUAUUAUGGAGUACCUCCAGGGAGGAGCUCUCACUAACAUAGUGUCUGAAACCAGGUUGAGUGAGGAGCAGAUCGCUACUGUGUGUGAGGCUGUCCUGCAGGCACUGGCUUAUCUUCACUCGCAAGGCGUCAUUCAUCGUGACAUCAAAAGUGACUCCAUCCUGCUGUCCUUGGAUGGAAGGAUUAAACUCUCAGACUUUGGCUUUUGUGCUCAGAUCAGCAAAGAUAUUCCUAAAAGGAAAUCACUGGUAGGGACACCAUACUGGAUGGCCCCUGAAGUUAUCUCAAAGUCACCAUAUGGCACAGAGGUGGAUGUGUGGUCUAUGGGCAUCAUGGUGGUGGAGAUGGUGGACGGAGAGCCUCCUUACUUCAGCGAAACCCCAGUGGUGGCCAUGAAGAGGCUGAGAGAUGAGCCACCGCCCACUAUACGAAACAUUCAGCAGGUGUCUCCAAUGCUAAAAGACUUCUUGGACCGCAUGUUGACCCGAGACCCGGUGGAGCGUGCAAGUGCCACGGACCUCCUUGAACACCCAUUCCUCCUGCAGAGCAGCUCUCCACAGUGCCUCGUGCCCCUUGUUGAGCAGUACCGCAAGCGCAUGUCUCGCUGCUGAGUCCCCUAUUCUUCCUGUCUCUCUACAUUACACUACAUGCCAUCAUAGGCUCUUGACUCGAGGCUCCCAGGGCUCCAGGUCUGGACGUCUCACAUAUGAACGUCCCGGGCGCAAAGAAGUGAGCUGAUGCACAGUACAGCUUCUAUAGACUCAGAAAAAGAGCACUUGCUAUCCUCAUGCAAGCAGGAUGGCUGUGGAUAAUGUAGACGGAGUGUUAAUAAAUCGCACCAUCGGCUGAAGACAAAUUUUCUUUAUCCUGAGGAUCUCACUCUGGGGACCAGUGGUGCUUAACUGGCAGCCUAAACACUAAGACUGUUCAUGUUUUUACUGUAACGUGUUCAACACAAAUGACUUACUCAUAUUUAAUAAAAGAAUGUUUCAUGUUAUCAUGAUGCUUGAUGGCCAGAUUUGGUCAGUAUU